AUGCAGAGGGUGGGACUUCCGGUGUCCUCACCGCAGGCAUUUUGUCUUUAUUCAGAGUCCCCUCAACGUGGGGGGAGGCUCCACAUCACUGGUUCCUGGCAAAGACACAGGGACGGAGAAGGCGCGAGGGUCGGGGUCUACAGGGCACACACGAGUAAGGAGCUCGCCAAAGCUGCUCGGGUGACCCGCGCCAGGGACGGGACUGGAGCCGCCGCGCCCGGGGCGACCUUCUCUCCGGACACUUGCGCUCCACUCAGCAAGCAGAAUAUAAUGGCGGCGGACACGCUGAAGCGCCAGGCUGAGGUUGGUGUGACCUUUGCGGACAUUGCCCUGUACUUCUCCAGGAAAGAAUGGCGCCUCCUUGGUGAGGAUCAGAGACGCCUGUACCUGGAUGUGAUGCUGGAGAACUUUGAACUUAUAUCCUCCCUGGGUUGCUGCUGUGGAGCAGAGGAUGUGGAAGCACCAAUUGAACAGAACAUUUCGGCAGGAGUGUCUCAGGCAAAGAAUCCCAACAUAGCUUCAUCUUCCCAAAAGAGCCACCCCUGUGAGAGUUGUGGGCCCGUCUUGAGACACAUUUUCCACUUGUUUGAGCAUCAGGAAACACAACACAGCCAGAAGCUGUUGAGGUGUGGAGCAUGUGCACAACGAUUUUAUUUCAGUGGAAAAUGGGAUGAGCAGCAAGAGCCCCAUGUUGGAGAGAACCUUUUCACAAGAGGUGCGGACAGUAAUCUACUUGCGAACAGCUGCAAUUUCAAUGUUUCCCAGAAGCUUUUGAUAUGCGGGAAGGUUGGGCAGGGCAUCCUCACCACUUCAGGACAUGUCCAACAACAGUCUACUCACACUGGGGACAAGCCAAAUGAAACCUCGAUGUCUGGGGUCACUAUUCAAAGAAAAAGUGAUUACCCCCAGAGUGAAUAUAAAAAAGCCAUUGGCUGCAACCACACGUUUCUUCAGAACAAGAGUGUUUGUACUGGAAGAAAGUGUUUUCUGUGUUGUGAAUGUGGAAAAUAUUUCACCAGCAUUUCUAGUUUUUAUUACUCUCAGAGAGUUCACACUAGAGAGACACCUUAUAAGUGCAGUAAAUGUCGAAAGUCUUUUAGCAGUAAUACUGGCCUCUGUUAUCAUCAGAGGGUUCACACUGGAGAAAAGCCUUAUGAGUGCGGCGAAUGUGGGAAAUCUUUUAAUAGCAGCACUCGCCUCCGUUAUCAUCAGAGAGUUCACACAGGAGAAAGGCCUUAUGAGUGCAGUGAAUGUGGGAAAUCUUUUACCAGAAUUGAUCACCUUCGUUAUCAUCAGAGACGUCACACUGGAGAAAGGCCUUAUGAGUGUGGUGAAUGUGGAAAAUCUUUUACCAGUACUACUGGCUUCCGUUAUCAUCAGAGAGUCCAUGCUGGAGAAAGGCCUUAUGAAUGCAGUGAAUGUGGGAAAUCUUUUACCAGUAGUAGUGGCCUCUAUUAUCAUCAGAGAGUUCAUACAGGAGAAAGGCCUUAUAAGUGCAGUGAAUGUGGGAAAUCUUUCACCAGAAUCCAUCACCUUCGUGGUCAUGAGAGAGUUCACACUGGAGAAAGGCCUUAUGAGUGCAGUGAAUGUGGGAAAUCUUUUACCAGUCGUAGUGGCCUCCGUUGUCAUCAGAGAUUUCACACUGGAGAAUGGCCUUAUGAGUGCACUGAAUGCGGGAAACUUUUUUGCAGUAGCACUGGCUUUCUUUAUCAUCAGAGAUUUCACAGAGGAGAAAGGCCUUACAAGUGUAGUGAAUGUGGGAAAUCUUUUACCAGAAUCCAUCACCUUCGUUGCCAUCAGAGUGUUCACACUGGGAAAAGGCCAUAUGAGUGCAACAAAUGUGGGGAAUCUUUUAUUAGUCGCAGUGGCCUUGGGUAUCAUCAGAGAUUUCACACUGGAGAAAGGCCUUAUGAGUGCAGUGAGUGUGGGAAAUCUUUUACCAGUAUGCAUAACCUUCGUUGCCAUCAGAGUGUUCACACUGGGAAAAGGCCAUAUGAGUGCAGUGAAUGUGGGAAAUCUUUCAUCAGUCGCAGUGGUCUCAGAUAUCAUCAGAAAUUUCACACUGGAGAAAGGCCUUAUGAGUGUAGUGAAUGUGGGAAAUCUUAUACUACAAUCUAUUCCCUUCAUUAUCAUCAGAGAUUUCAUACAGGAGAAAGGCCUUAUGAGUCCAAUGAAUGUAGGUAAUCUUUUUAUAGUAACGCUGACUUUUGUUCCAAAUUUCACACUGGAGAAAGAACUUAUGAAUGCAGUGCAGGUAGGAAAUCUUUCACCACCUGUACUGGCCUUUGCUCUCAGACACUUCAUAGAGGAGAAGGGCCUUGUGAGUACAGUUGAUGUUGGAAAUCAUUUGGCCAAAAUUUUAAUCUCCACAGAAGAGUUAAUGUGGGUAGAAGGUCUUAGAUGUGCCAUAAAUGUACUAUUUGGGUUUUUUAAAUUUUGAGCUUAAAAAUUUUAAACUAUAGGAAACUCUUUAAGCUUUGUUUGCCUAAAUUGAAUCUCAUACAUCCAGUAGUCAACAGUAGGGAGAGUCCUCAUACAUUUGUUUUAUACAGUAAGCCUGUGUUUCUAUGUUGCACUUUCUAAUUUAUCCAGGUGUCUUGCCAGGUCCAUGUCACUGCCUGUUUUGCUGGCACUAUUUCACCUGGCACUAUAAGGUUCCCACAGAUUACCUCAGUCACCAUUCUAACGUGCUCACAGAAGGUCAUUGUUCUCUCUGAUUUGUUGGAGAAAGUUAGGAGUUGC